AUGUAUGAAACUAUCUAUAAGUAUGUGAAUACUAUUAGAAUCGAGUCGCGUCUAUUUGAGGUUGCUCCCCUCUCGGUGGCAGACGAAGAAUAUGUUAGGUUGGCCCUCCAGUCUGCCAAACGAAUACUCCGAAACCGUAAGCAGAAGCGCACGGUGACUUUGACUCUGGACCAGAUCAAGCGUGUUGUCUGUCUGACUCCACCAUCAGGGAGAGCAAUCAGUGUAGUAGCUUUCUUAACGGGGAUAUUUUGCUUACUUCGCCUCAAAGAAGUAGCAUCUCUCACCCCGGCUGAUGUCACGACGAGUUUGUGCGGAUCCUACCUCAAAGUAUACAUAAAGUGCUCUAAGACAGAUCAGAGUGGCAGUGGCCAGACCGUCAUUUUGGGGUGCAGUCAUGGCAAACCUUGUGGCUCACCUUGUGGAGACAGAAUUUGCCCCAUGCACCGGCUUAUGGAAGUGCUGAGCAAUGGCCCUGGGAUAGCAGCAAAGCCGACUCUUUUCGGCCUGUCCUAUAACCAGUUGUCCAAGGACAUCAAUGCUCUGGUUGAAACCGUUUUCAGGGAUACUGACCCGGAGCUGGAGGUUGGACGCAAAACAUCACAUAGCAUGAGGAGAACCGGCGUCUGCCUCCUGGCUGAUGCGAAGGUGCCCCUCCAUGAAAUUGCUGAGUAUGGUAGAUGGAAGGAUGCUACUACGGUCGAGAAUGUUUAUCUUCGCGAUCGAUCUCACAGGGCAAGCAGGGAAAAGCAUUUCUCUGGAAAGAUGCUUGCUUGCCUGGACAGAUCUGAUAUCUUGGUACCGGCGUCAGUAGGAGGUGAGCAAGCAUCAGCAUCUUCAUCAUCGGCUGUAGAAGUCGACUUCGUUUGGGAUGAGAAACCCAUUUCAAAUUGA